AUGGCUACCCAGGCCACUCUUGCAAACAAGAAGGCUAUCAAGGCAGCUUUCAAUGAACAAGUUGGUGAACUAAAAAAGCUCAUCGAAUCCCAUGUGGGGGCCAUUGCGCUGGAGUUCUCUGGCUGCGGCUCAUACUAUUCCCAAAACCAGAUCCGGAGCCAAGUGUACUAUCGGAUGGCGAAACCGAAAACGUCAUGCAAGCCCAUGCUUGCCAAUGCAUGGGCCCAUGCUGAGGCUGAGGCACGUUGCCUGAGGGAGGACACGGAACUCUGCCUUCCAUACUUGGAGGAGUAUGUUGAGCUCCUUCAAGAAAUAGGCAGUGGCUCACUAUUGUAUGACAACGUGUGGGGUCAACAGACAUUGGAGGAAGAGCAUUAUGCCAGAAUUCUACUCGAGGGAGUGAUGGUUAAGAGGGAUAAUCGUGCAUUGAAGUGGAUGAUAAUCUCACCAGAAUUAUCCAUGAAUUCCAUCACAAUGCAUGCUCGGGAUCAACUGGUGAAGACAGUGGCCAGCCGGACGAGUUCCUCGCUCAGCCAUGGGAAUGUGGCUGUACAAACUUGCCCGGCUGCGCUUGUGCGCUGUUCUCCAACAGAGGUUGUCAUUAUCAUGACCAAAGGACACAGCAAGGAUAUAUUCAUGCCUGUUUUGUGGGGAAUGGAAAAGGCAAUGGGGUACUGGAAAACAACAGCUCAGCAGGAUCUCAUGAUGCAUACUCGCCUCAUGGAGGGAUACACAGUCGGUGCGAUUCAGGGUGAGAAGGUUGGGAAAAUCAAUGACUCAUAG